AUGUGGUAUGACAAGUGGUGUAUGGAAGGUCCCUUGUAUGAAUUUAAUAAUAGGAGAGCUUUAUAUAAUGCUAGAGUUGAGGAAGACAUUUCAGUUGACAAAAUGAUUGACAAUGGGUUUCGGAAGUGGCCUGUUGGAUGGUUGGAUCAGUUUCCUAAUCUCAGAAACAUUGUGGUUCCAACUAUUUACAAUGGUAAAGAAGAUCAAGUGAUGUGGUAUACUACAAAUAACCAGAAAGUGGAAUUCUCUACAAGACAAGCGUGGAAUGAUUUGAGACAUGAAUGGCCAAGUGUGGAAUGGAAGAAUGUGAUUUGGUUUAAUCAAUUUAAUCCAAGGCAUGCAUUUAUUCUUUGGUUGGCAAUACAAGUCAAACUUCUAACUCAAGAUAAAAUGGCUAUGUGGAUGACUGAGGCAGAAUUUAAAUGUGGAUUAUGCAAAUGUUCUGAUAUCUGCAAGGAUCUUUGCCAGUUAUGGGACCAGCUGCAGGAUAUAGACAGUCUGCAGGAUGUGGUAAGCAUUUUAGCCAGGAAAAGAGAAAGUAACAAGCUAGAUGUGGUGGUAAAUAAAUUGCUAGUGGCUGCUGCUGUAUAUCACAUAUGGCAAGAAAGGAAUGCUAGAAUCUUCAUGAAUCAAGAAAGAAGCAGUGAGAAGAUAUGUCAAGCUAUCAGGGUAGGUGUUACAUAUAAGCUUAUGGCUAUUAAAGUAAGGAAAACAAGGAAUGUGAAAAAGAUUGCUGCUAUGUGGAAUUUGAAUUGGUCUAAAAACAGUUUAAAAGCUAUAUAA